CGCCGAUUUGUUUUAAUUCGCCGGGUUAAGGUUUGCUGUAGCUUAAUGUUAGUUAGAUUUUUUUCUUUAAAUUCAUUUUUUAUCAAUUUAAGUGAAUUUAUCUUUGAAUGCAAGUUUAAUAAACUUAGCAAAUGCGUUUUAUGCAAUGGCUCAAAUGACUGAUGUCCUCAUAGCGAAAAUUGUUCUUGGUUACUUAACUAGUCAGAAACUUUCUAAAACUAUUGAUUCUUUUCUUGGUGAAAGCGAGUUCCUUAAUACCACCAAUAUAGACAACAACAAAGAAAGGAUUUUAAAUCAGCUUGAGGAUCUAAACCUCCUUCCAAGUCUUGAAGACAUAUUAAAUGAUUAUUUCGCCUACAACCAAACAAGUGAUGUGAAAAGUGAAAAAGUAUUUCAAUUAUGGAGGCAGCUUGAUAUAGUUCUUGGUCAAAUAAGGAGUUUGACACUGGGAAAGAAAAAAAAUAGUUUAUUUCUUGAUAGGAAAAGAAAGGUUGUAAAUGGUUACAACAAUCAUAUUCCUAGAAGAAAUAUUACGAAUGUUACAAGUCGUGCUGCUAAUGUUCCUGAUUGCAGUACAAAUGUUUCAAGCUGUGCUACUAAUGUUUCUGACUGUUCUACAAAUGUUCUUCAUUGCAAUACAAAUGUUCUUGAUUGUGUUACUACUAUAUCUGAUCAUGUUUCAAAUGCUUCUGAUUGUGUUACUAAUGCAACUGAUUAUGUUUCGAAUGUUUCUCAUUGUGCUACAAAUGAUUCUCAUUGUGUUACAAAUGUUCUUGAAUGUAUCACAAAUGUUUCGGAUUGUGCCCCUUUAAAUCAGGAUGCAUCAGAUGUACCUCAAAGUCAUUGUGAACAAAGUGCUAUUGCAAGCAAGGAGAUUAUUAAGCUCUGUAAAACAAAAAAGUCUCCAAAGCGCAAAUCUACUUGCCCCAAAAAACGAGUGCAAGUAGAUUCAAUAUGCAGCUCACACAUUUCAAAUAAUCUGGAAGCUGAAUUUGUAGAUGCAGAAGAGUUACCUAGCAAAGAGGUUUUGCAAAAAAGGCUUUCGAAUGAUGUUUGGCAGACUGCUGGAAAGCUAGCACAGAACAUCAAUAUGAUUGUUGGUGGAGAUCUGAACACCCUGCAUUUAAACAGUUCACGUAAGGAUCAAUUAGACUUUAAUGAAUUCAUCAAUCAUAUUACAGUUGAACACGAUUUUAGUUCUUUGUUUGCAAUGAUAAAAGAUGUUCCAUAUCCUUUACUAGACAUAGAUGAUCAAUCAGAAGCUCAAAAUUUAAAUAUCUUGCAAGAUUAUAAGUAUUUGGAAGGUUUUACUUCUAUACAGAAUGAAUCCUCUAUUCCCAAGGAUUCUGAAUCUUCUAUUGCCAAGGACUUCGAAAAUAUAAAUUGUACUAAUAUUUUAGAAACAAAAAGUAGACAUAAUAAUGAAACACUUCAGUCAGAACUAGACAACUUGAUUGGUGAAAGUGAAGAACAUCCUAUUGUUGCAAAAAUACCGAAGGAUGUGAAAAGUUUGGUUGCUAACGCCUCAGAAGAAAAAAAAAUUUCUGUUAUUAAUAAUAGAGAUAAUGAAUUUGAAAACUGUUUAAAACCUCCGAUUGAUUUUGUAAAUGAUAAUUCACUUAGGAAUUCUUCAGAUCUUUAUAAAAUGGACUCAAAUUUAGAGAAAAAAGACUUAGCCUUAAAGGCAAAUAAUUCUACACAAUCACCUUUUGGAAUCUCAAAUGAUCAUUCUAUACAGUCGUCAUCUUUUGAAAUCUCAAAUGAUCAUUCUAUACAAUCGUCUUCUUUUGGAAUCACAAAUGAACAAAUAAGAGAUCGUGAUAAAAAAUUUGUGAACAGUUCGUAUUUUUUAAAUGGUGAUUCUUUCAUGCAUUUUUUAACUGAUGUCAAUUGUGUUGAUCCUGCAAUUGAUGGAUCUUCAGAAUUUCAUGUCAAUAGUUUUCUUAAUAAGCCAAAUGAUCCAAUUCCUGAAAAUCUUGAGUCUUCUCAACUUCAUGUACGUAACUUGAAUAAUGAGCUUAACUCCAUUUUAGAAUCACACAUUCAGGUGUCUGAAGGUGUCCCACGUAUUCAGUCAAACAUGCAAUUGGCAGAACCAUUGCUUUUGUCUGCAAGCGCUUUACCAACCAUAUCAUUUCAAAAUAUGUAUCAACCCCAAGAAACUUAUUUGAACUUACCUGAACUAAAGUCUUCAUCAGGACAUUCACCACCACCCUUUUCUGAAUACCAUUCUUCAAUGAAUUUUCGCAAACAAUGUUUGAAAGACAGUUUAACUAUCCCAAAAAUAUCAUCCAACAACAGCGUUGAUGAAAGUGUUUCGAUAGCUAGUGAUGCCCUUCUUCUGCUUGCAACUAGUCCUGUGAAACAAGCACCAAGUCUGAUAACUUCAAAAAUACCUGGUUUUUUACAUCCUCCAAAUGAGAUAUCAGCAUUGUUAAAAAGUUUUAUAUCUAAUGAUUCUUUAAUAUAUUCAGAAUUUAAAAAUACUCAAGACAUUCAAACUGUAGUGAAUGAUAACAAAAUAGAACAUACAAGUCAGCUGCCAUCUUUUUCGCCUAUUAAGGUUUCUAAUAAUACUUCUUAUAGUACAAUGCAGGUUGGUAAGUCGGUUUCAACAAAUAAUAAAAAAAAGAAAAGUAAAAAUGAGCAUAAUGGUUGUGGAACGAUUAGCAAAAAUGCACGCAAUAACCAGGAUUUUGUUCCUCGAAUCUUUAAUUUUGUUAGGUCUCCAAAAAAAGCACCAUUUGUAUCUCAAAAUAAAUCAAGACUGAAAUUUAAAGGAAAAAAAUUGAACUCAGAAACUAUUAUAAAAACUAAGGGUGUUGGAAUUGUUUACAAAAACAAAAAAAAUGUUAAUGCUUCAAAUAACUCAUUGUCUUCCGAAAGUGGUGUUUCAAGUUGUUCUAACUGUUCUAAUGACUCUCUUAAAGUAAUAACUGCUGCACCUUUUGUCAAAAUUCGGAAUAGUAAAUUUUUGAAUAAUCCCGUUUCUAGUUCAAACAAUUAUUCAGAGACUACAAAUAAGAUUAAAUCUUCAGAUUCAUUUUGUAUCAAGAAGAAUCCUAUGGUUAACUUAACUAAAAUAAUUGGCAUUAAUCAAGAAAUUCCAAUACUCACUCUAAAUAAAGUAAAUGAUAACAAAGAUAAUGAAAUAUUUGAAACACCAGAAAAAGUUGAAAAUUUUGAAAAAAAAUCAAACCUUUAUAAUUCACCAAAAGGUUUAUCAUCAAGUAAAGACUCUUUUGCUGAGCGUUUUAAAAAACUUCAAGCAAAGGAAUCACUCAAAAAGCAAAAUAUUACUCCAAAUGCUUUAAAUGACCAAAACCUUGAUAUUAAUUCUACAGUUAAAGCAAAUUCUUUUCUUAAGUCACCGUCACAGUCUAAUGUAAACAAAAAGUCUCCAUCACCUGUGUUUGAUUCUAAAUUUUUAUCUUCGCCUAGACAAGGAUGUACAUAUCGUAUACAAGGCAAUACAAUUUCUCCACUUCAUGCAAUUAAUAAUGAAACUAGUUAUUUUCCUGAAAGUAAUGUUUGUGGUAGUGAGAGUUUUGUUUCAAUUAGUCCUGUAAUACCCUAUAAGCAACCAUCAAAAAACAUUAAAUCUAUAACUAAAAUAGAAAGUAAUAAAGAAAAUUCAAAGUGCGGAAGUUUACUAGCACAAGAAAAUUCUACAGAAAGUUCGAUUAAAAUAGACACUACACCUACAAAAAACGUUUCUUUGCAAAAUUUAAGACCAAAACAAUUAACAAAAAAAGAAAUUAAAGUAAGGUUUAACUUUAAAUCCCCCAAAAAGACAAAGACAAAAGUGGUGAAUAAAACUUUACACCAAACUCCAAAAGCAAAGUCAAGUAAAACUGUUGAUACUGCUGCCAGUGACUUGACUAAUGAAUUAUUUUUAAGGAAACAAAAAACACUUUUUAAUCAAGCAGCAAAAACUAAUAUUAAGCUUUACAGUCCUGUAAAAGACCUUUUUAAUUGUUCAAAAAUAAAUACCAAUUUACUUCUGAUUCCAUAUGCUGUUCAAAUCAAAAGCCAAGACUUAUUGUAUGUUGUUGAUACCAGUUUUCAAGAUUUGAUUGCAAGCAGUAAUUAUGAACUUGAAAUUAUUUUAGAACCUCCUGAUACUUUAAAUUCAUUUCCUUUGCCAGCAAAUGUGUCUGCAUAUACAGUCCAAAGUAUGGGUUUGGCCAAUGAAAGUGCUUGCAAAUUAUCUGUGAAUACAGAAAAACAAUCGUCAAACUCAGGAAGUAGCAAUCAGUCUUCAAAAGCUGAGAAUAAUGUGUAUAACUCUAAUAUAUCUCUUAGCUUUACUGACACUAAUAAAGUUUCAACAGUGCAACCAAGUAAUGUGUUAAACUCAUCAGAAAUUUUAAGUACACAAUCAAACUGUGGUACAAUGUUAGUUCCUAAUAAAAAAUGUUUAAAUGUUCAAUCACAUACAUUAAAUACGCAAUCACAUACAUUAAAUGGCGCAAUUAUUUCUUUAAGUGGAAAAUCAGACUUUUUAAACAAAGACAUAGUUAAAGAUCUAACUGAAAAAUCAAGUUUGGUGAAUAGUUUUAAGUCAAAAGAAGUUAUAGUGCUUAAUGACAAUAAUCAGCCAAUUGCAACAUUAGAAAACAAGGUUGAAAAGAAUACAAUUACAAACAAUGAAUUAUUAACAGCUAAAUCUGAAUUAAUUAUUAAAAUUCCUGAUUUGCACAAGAAAAUUGUAACAAAGCGUUCUUUUUUAUGUGAUGAGGAUGAUAAAUCAAAUCCAAAAAAGCGAAAGGAAGAUAAAAGAAAAAAAAGUGUUGCUGCUCUAAAGUCAAUUAAUCUGGAACAGUUCCUUUCAAAAAUUAAAUAUAGUUCGUGAUUAUAUGCAAGAUGUUAUGCACAAUGUUACUUCAAAAAUAUAUUCGCCUCGGAUUUUUACUAGUUUUUACUACUUGGUGUCAUUUCCGUUACUAUGGACUCUUUUCUGUUUUAUAUAACCAAGUAACUAUCCUAUAUAAAAACGAAAAUCUUAUUAGAUUUUUUGAAGUCGUGGCUCGGAAAAUGCUGAGCGAAGUUUAUGAUUUCACUGGUUUAUUGCUUGUAAUUAAAAAGUGCUUUCUUUUUCUUUUUAGAGCUUUAAAUUUUUUUGUAAAUAACGGAUGUUUUUUAUUUUAACAAAAACGAAAGAAUAUACUCAUGUAAUUAAUUUCUUAUUUGUGCGGUAUAUUUUUUUAUUUUGUAAAAAAAAAUUUGUGCUAUUUACGUUUUGUAAAUAUUAUGUAAUAAUAAAAAAAUAAGUUUUUCCAUAAUAUUUGUUAAAUUUGUGCAUGCGUUACACAUGUCUCAAAAAUACGUCAAUGUUACAUUUGAGAAAGUUGUUUAUUAGUGUUUGUAAAAUAAAUAGUUCUUUUUUAUCAUUUACUCAAGAGCAUAUUAAAUCCCAUCUUAAUCUUUACUGUGUCUUUUUGUAUUUUUUUCGUUAAUGGGCAGGUUAAUGACAUGUACAUUUAUGUCAAAAUGUAAUUUAUGUCAAAAAUGUAAUUAUUCGUCAUUUAAUUAAGAACUGAAUGUUGUUGUAAAGUCGGCGAAAUUGUAAAAGAGCUUAAGCACAUCGAUAAGUUCAUUAAA